UUUUUGGACUUUGAAGCUGAGAAUUUGUUUAAAGAAGUGGUUGAUGAUUGAUGAACUCCACCUAUGAAUUUGGCAUUAGGAUAUCCAAGGGACAAAGAUGGAGGAUGUUUUCAGAUGAGGAUAUCAUACAGUCCAGCAGCCCCUAUUUUUCUAUUUCUUGUUCAGUGGGCAGAUUUUCGCCUCGCUGGUGCUCUGGGUUUGCUGAGAAUUCUAAUUUAUGUGACGUAUGAGAAUGGGAAUAAUACUAUGUCAAUGUAUGAAAGGAAAGCAAGCAUUAGACAAUUUUACUGGUGCUACUGGCUCCAUGUUUAUGUUCAUGAUGAUUAACAUAAAAAUAACGUUUUUCUGA